UACCACAUCUGGCAGCUACUUGGGAAGCAGAUAUGGUAGUUUGUUUCUCAAGAACAGGCCACUAGGCAUGUUACAGAAAUCUGCCAGUGUUAGUAACCUUGACACCCUUAUGUCAAGCAGCACUUUAAACAACCUGUGCUCUUCUAGUCUGGGCAACAGUUACAGCUUUGACUACAACUAUGAUGCAGGCAGUCCUAUCAUCACUUCUGGCAACAACAAGAAGGAGACCAUGCAGAAUCUGAAUAAACGUUUGGCUUCUUACCUGGAAAAAGUGCGCUACUUGGAAGAGGAAAAUAUCCGACUUGAAGAGCAAAUCUGUGAAUGGUAUGAAAAGAGACGGCCUGUAAAUCAAGACUGGAGUGAAUAUGAAAAGAUGAUAGCUAAUAUUCAGACUGAGAUCAACAAAGCGACAGUUGCUAAAACGGAAGUUGUUCUACAGCUUGACAAUGCAAAACUUGCUGCUGAUGACUUCAAAGUCAAGUACAACAAUGAGGUGCUGCUGAAACAGAGUACUGAAACUGAUGUCAACAGCCUGCGAAAGCUACUCAGUGACCUAGACCUGUCGAAGCAUGACUUGGAGAAGGCGGUUGAUAAUGUGAAUGAUGAAAUAAACUAUCUCAAGAAAAACCAUAAAGAGGAAAUGACAGCUCUACGUGCUCAAACGGGACCUGGAGUCAAUGUGGAGGUGGAUUCUUCUCCUGGUAUGGAACUUGUCAAGAUCCUAGCAGAUGUCAGAGCACAGUAUGAAAACAUGGCAGAGAAGAACCGCAGAGAUGCUGAAGAAUGGUAUAACAACAAGUGUGACGUGUUGAAUCAGCAGUUGACCACCAGCACAGAAACCCUAGAGACAUACAAGAGUGAGACUGUUAACCUGCGACGCACAAUCCAAACUCUAGAGAUUGAGCUCCAGAGCACACAAAGCAUCAAAAUAUCUUUGGAUGAAACUCUUGAAGAAACUCAGAAUCGCUAUGGCCUACAGCUGCAACAGUUACAGCAGGCAGUGAACACACUGGAGGCAGAGCUUGGACAGCUGAGGAUGGAAACAGAGAGACAGAGUAUUGAGUAUGCCAUUCUCCUAGACACCAAGACCAGGCUAGAGAUGGAAAUCAAUACAUAUCGCCAAUUAAUGGAGGAAAAAGAUAUUGGGUCCAAAGAGAAAUACAGCAUACAUGAAAAACACAAGUAAAUCAAAGUGGAGACUGUUCCAAAAUGAAGCUGGGGACUCAAGAACAAAUUUAAGCAACAGGAGCUUUACGCAAUUGAGAAGUAUUAAUGGACUAAAAAAUCAAAUCAUUCCAGUUUGCAAAAUUAGAACAAAAUACUAAAGCAUGCAAAACAACUCCUGAAAUGGAACUGGGAAUUUCAGAGG